CCGUGCUGCGGGAGCUUGGCGGCGGGCGGGCCGACGGGCGAGCCGGGUGGCGCGGUCGCCAGGCGCGAGGGCGGGCCGGGCUGCUCCUCCGCCCUCGGGGGGGGGGGCUAGUGCGUGGAGCCGUGCACCUGGCAACGGCGCCGCGUCCCCGCCCGCGCCGCCCUGCACCCCCUGCCGGCGGCCUCGAGCGCUCGCUCGCUCGUUGAUGCCGUUCUGGGGGUGACCCGGCGCGGCUCCGCGGUGGCGGGGCGCUAGACGACGCCAGCCCAGCCAGCGACGCGGGAGCGGGACAUGCUGGAGCUGCGGCACCGCGGGGGCUGCCCCGGCCCCGGGGGAGCGGGGACACCGCCGCCCCGCGAGGGAGAGGCGGCCGGCGGCGACCACGAAACCGAGAGCACCAGCGACAAAGAAACAGAUAUUGAUGACAGGUAUGGAGAUCUCGAUGCCAGAGGAGAUUCUGAUGUUCCUGAGAUGCCGCCAUCCUCAGACAGGACCCCCGAGAUCCUCAAGAAAGCCCUUUCGGGACUGUCUUCCAGGUGGAAGAACUGGUGGAUCCGAGGGAUUCUCACCCUGACCAUGAUCUCUCUCUUCUUCCUGAUCAUCUACAUGGGGUCCUUCAUGCUUAUGCUUCUGGUUCUGGGCAUCCAAGUGAAAUGCUUCCAUGAGAUUAUCACCAUUGGAUACAGAGUCUAUCACUCCUAUGACCUCCCGUGGUUUAGAACACUGAGUUGGUACUUUCUACUUUGUGUGAACUAUUUCUUCUACGGAGAGACAGUGGCGGACUAUUUUGCUACAUUUGUUCAGAGGGAGGAGCAGCUGCAGUUCCUCAUUCGCUACCACAGGUUUAUAUCCUUCGCCCUCUACCUGGCAGGCUUCUGCAUGUUUGUACUGAGCUUGGUGAAGAAACAUUACCGCCUGCAGUUUUAUAUGUUCGCAUGGACCCAUGUCACUUUACUGAUAACCGUUACUCAGUCACAUCUUGUCAUCCAAAAUCUGUUUGAAGGCAUGAUAUGGUUCCUUGUUCCAAUAUCAAGUGUCAUCUGCAAUGACAUCACUGCUUACCUUUUCGGAUUCUUUUUUGGAAGAACUCCUUUAAUUAAGCUGUCUCCUAAGAAGACCUGGGAAGGAUUCAUUGGUGGUUUCUUCUCCACAGUCAUAUUCGGAUUCAUUGCUGCCUAUGUGUUGUCCAAAUACCAGUACUUUGUGUGCCCAGUGGAAUACAGAAGUGAUGUCAACUCUUUCGUGACAGAAUGUGAGCCCUCAGAACUGUUCCAGCUCCAGAGUUACUCCCUCCCUCCAUUCCUAAAGGCAGUGCUGAGACGGGAAACAGUGAGCUUAUAUCCCUUCCAGAUACAUAGCAUUGCACUUUCAACAUUUGCAUCGCUCAUUGGCCCAUUUGGAGGCUUCUUUGCCAGUGGAUUCAAAAGAGCUUUUAAAAUCAAGGAUUUCGCAAACACCAUUCCUGGACAUGGUGGGAUAAUGGACAGGUUUGAUUGUCAGUAUUUGAUGGCAACGUUUGUGCAUGUGUACAUCACAAGUUUUAUAAGGGGUCCGAAUCCCAGCAAAGUCCUCCAGCAGCUGUUGGUGCUUCAACCAGAACAGCAAUUAAACAUCUACAAAACGCUGAAGACUCAUCUCAUUGAGAAAGGAAUCCUGCAGCCCACCUUGAAGGCGUAGCUGCCCUGAAAGGAUGGACUGCCAAGGAAGAGCUCGCAGGACAGCUCUGAAGUCCUGCACUGAGCUGGCAAGGGGCUAAAAACUCGACAGAUGCAGGUUUUACAGAUACGAAUGUUUCUUUCUCUGAAAUUACUGUGAAUAUUUAACAAACACGUGAUCUAAGUGAUGAGAGCGUAGCAGCUGCCCACCUAGGAAAGAUCCUAUACUUUUCUAAGAUGUGCAUUCCAAAGUUAACGUCUCUGCCCUCACUGCUGGGUUCCAUGGUUCGGAGACUUGUGUCUUAGAGUCAAACACUAUAAAUUGAGACCCUCUUAGGGUUGUGCCUGGCAGUGUGACCUUUUGCACAAACGUUGAUCUUUGCACUGGGAACUGCCUCACUGUAGCCCGUUGCUUGCUGCAGGCACUUGGGGAGCCAGUUCUCUGGGACUUCCUCCUCUUAUAGACUCAAGUAUUUCUGAAGAGCUGAGUUAGAUUAAAAAAAGAAAGAAAAAGAAUUACUGUCCACUUUUUUUCUGUUUUCCUUUUUUUUCCUUUUUUGGUUGUUUGUUCAUGGUACUGGGGAUGGAACCCAGGGUCUCACACACCAUGCAGGGACUCCACUUCUGGGUUCUGGUCAAAGACGAUAGUCUGCUGAGUGGAAAUGUCCUGAUUUUAAGUAGUUUCAAAAUUUGGAGCCUAGAGGCUGAAACCUAUGCCAUUAUCGGUUUGUUUAAAAGCGGGUGUCAGAAGCCAUUUCUGAUGAAACUUCUUAAAAAACAUAACCAACUUCUCAAGAGACACAGAAGUGGGUCCCCGGGGGCUGCAGGCACAGUCACCCAGUGGCUCAGUGGUAGCUUCCUCUUUUCUUUGUUCCCUGUGCACUGAUUUCAUGGAGUCCCAGGAAGCAGGCAGGGGCAUGGCUGAGGUGGGGCACUGCAUGGCAGCCCAGGGCCAGCCUGCAGCUGUCUGUACACCUCACCUGAGUAAGAGAAGAGUCCUGUCCAGAGACCCAGGCCCUGGCCAGCUAAUUCCCUGGUGGUAAUUGCUCUUCCCAUGACAUCACAAAGUCCAAGAGUAAAAAUCAAGCAGAAGUAGUAACCAUUAUGAAGAAAAGCACAUGAAUGCCACACCUUCCUCAUGUGGGCCGAACAUUAUAACCAGACUAAAGGAAACCUCUUAGCCCUAGACAUAAGCUCCUGUUGCUAUGUGCACACCAUAGCCAUACUUAACAUAGCAAAUGUGGGUGACAUUCACAAAUCACUUAGUUUUCCCACAUCAGUGUUCAGAGGGGAGAAAUAGAUACACUGUAAAGGCUAUUUUGGUAUUGAAAAGUGUAAAUAUUUUGUCUAAAUUAGAAAUGAAUUUCAGUUAUCACACAUUUCCUUCCUGCUGUAGACAUGCCCGGGUUCUGAGGAUAAGCCUCCAGCCAUGGUGUGUGCCAGCCUCACACAGGGUAUGUGGUGAGCACAGCAGACAGAGACCCUCCGUCCACAGAAUGUGUGGUCUCUGCUAAGGUGACUUGUGCCCCAGGGCUGCAUUGAGUCUGCAUCGUGUCCUGCCUCUGCACAAACCUUCGGAAAGCACUGGCACGGGCAAUCACUUCUCAGUGGGGCCGCCUGUGAGUUCAUUCCAACCUCCCCUGCUCUGUCUGUCUGUCCCCACUGCCUGCUCUGCUUGUUGUCAGUAAAGAGCCGCAGGCAGCACAGCAGCACAGCGAAACCUUGUGAUGGGAGCAUGCAAUGGCAACACGGCAGUUGGCACACUCCCCUCACCCACCAUGUUCCUAUGGGAGACAGCAUUACUUAUUAUGUAUUAAAAAUCAAUCUUCUCUUAAACAAGGGAUGAAACUAGUAGGACUGUUGGGGUUACAGUAAAAGCUUUUCUGAAACAGACUUUUAGAUUUGGGUAUACAUUUGGGUAUGAUGCCAUAUUAAAAAAAAAAACAAAUAAGUUCUUAGUUUUAACAAAGCUCUGAAGAUUAACAUUUCUAGCCUACUUUUAUAGCAUGUAUAUGAAAAUGGACUAUAUUUUAGCAACCAAUCAGCAGAAGAGCCAGACUCAGAUCAGCAUUACAUUUUCACCAGAAGAGGCUUCAGCUAAUGUUGUGAUGUGGUGGACAAAUGAGGACUAGGAACGUCUCCAAGUGCAGUGAUGACCAUUGGGAACCUGCUGCUGUCUGGUACCCAUCACUGGGAUGCUGAUGUCUCCUGUUCUCCUUAUGGUGGGUGGCACACGUGCAGUCACUGAGAUCAAAGACCAUCCCCUUCAUUUGUGCCCUUCUCGCCUCAUUUGCACUUGGGUUUGAACAGAGGUAACAAUACCUAGUUCAAUGAAAAGGAAAUGGAAGCAACACUGUAUAUAUACUGUAUAUGGGUGAAAGUUUAUGCUAUGUGUCAAUCAGUUUUCUGACUCUUUUUACUGAAGCUGAGAUAGAAAAAUAAUAAUAAUAAAAGAUUGAUGGUAUUUUGA